GGAACACGAACGCAGGAACGAGUCGACCGCAACCACCGCGUGCGCGUCUCAUCUCCUUGAAGGUAACGCCACCUCCCGUGGUACUGGUAUACAACCAAACCUCUGCGACGGCGUCGCAGCUGGGGGAUCGGAAUCGUCAGCAAAUAAAAAGAUUCGUAGCGGGACUGACCAAGGAGGAGUAGAGACUCCGUGGUCUUCUCCCUGGAAAAGUAAACACGUACGCGAACCGGUCGCAGAGAAAUUCCGGGAAAUGCCAUGGCUGAGUAACCAGUAUGAGGGGCAGGGGUGGAGGAAAUGGAAAUCCAAUUCCCCCGCGUCCGGCCCUGGGCAUGGACAGGGGGCAUGGUACGCUCACAAGUGGGCCUGCACGCAAGACGCAAUGUCCAAGGUCCGGCAGGGUUCGGUGCUUUGUGACGUAGCGCAAAUAAGGGACGACGAUUUUACAUCUUGGGAGCGCCCCCUCUUUCGCGAUUUUAUGGCGCUGUUUUUGCAGCACUGGAACGAAACCAACAUCCGGCGCCUACUUGCUCAGCUCCAGCCACUUGAGCGCCACUGCCUACUGUGCUAUGAAGAUAAGGAUGGGCUUCAUCACGUAAUGGAUCAAAUUCCCACUCCUAAGACGUGCACGCACGUAGAGUACUGCCGAUGCCAUCACAAUUGCUGCGUGCACAGCCUCUGCCUGGGGGCACGGAAUUGGGCGCCGGGACAAUUUUAUGACCCUGGGACCUUGCGCGACAAAACAGGCACGUAUGAGGGUGACAUUUUCUGUCAGAGCUCCACCACGGAGCUACCGCAGGAGGCCAAAGCCCUCCACGGUGCGAGCGGUGCGAAGGGGCAGCUACCACCAGAUUUUCAAACUGCGUUUCUGCAAGCGAUUCGGGCCAUAAAGUCAACCAUCGGUGUACCGUUUGAUCGCCAUCAACCCGGAGGCCGGCGACAGCCGGUAGGCCUGGUUCACAUGCUGAACGACCCCGAAACCGAGAGGUCUCAUAUUCCGCUGAACAAGUACAGACAAUUCGGUCCGAAUCAACCCUGCCACGACUCAAUCUUCGCUGUAUCGAGGGGAUGUUUAAAACAGGUGCCCUACGCCAACAUUUUCGUCAGCGAACGCAGUUUUACUACCCAUGUUAACGGAACCGGCGCCCCUAACCAGGUUCGCUCUCCAGACCUCGACUUCCAAGAACUUCGGAGCCACCUGCCGCACCUGAUCACCACGUCUUACAGUCACACAAACCCGCCGGAUUGGUUCAAUGGUGGGCUUGGGCCAUCCUGUUUGAAUUGGACUGGGCACCACGGGGCGGUUCAUAAGUUUCAUAGUUGUGGACACCGGGAUGCAAUACGGGAGUUAGGCUUGAUCGAACGUCGCGAACGCGUAGAUGGUGACGGUACGCCAACGCUAUCGCUAUUCGUGGAUUGGAGAAAACUGGACGUAGACGACGUAGUCCGAGGGAAGCAUGGGCCUUGUUUGCACGAUCUCGCACUCCUAGUGGAAAGAAGUCUGAAGGACUUCCUCAAAUUUGAGGACUUCAUAUCACACACAGAUAUGUCUGGGUCGUCCGACCUGAUGUUGACGCUGAGUUCAGAUGUUUAUUGUCGCAUAGCAAGCUUUGUUCCUCAGCCGCACUGAGAAUCUUCUUUCAUCAUGACCAUCAAAAGUGAGAGGUUCUGUUUUGCUACUCAUACAACGCUGGACGAGGUUCCCGUUGUGCAUUCUUGUUUCCAUAGGAAGCUGCAUCACAGGUUUGCGCUUCUUCUUUUCCAGUAGAAAGAUCGGGACCCAGACAUAUUUGAUAUGCAUACUUCACUUCUCCUCUGGCAGACGCCAUCAUGGAGUAUGCACAGGCCCAGCAUGCCCUCGUAGGCUCAGAAGAAAGUUGGGAGUUGCGUAGUCCAGACUCACCGAGCGCACCGGCGAAAGGAAGAAAGUUCGAGCCCAAAGCACGUCUCGGCUCCAGCAACAGGAAGCGGCCUCCGCCGUUCUCUCCCAGCAGAGGCGGGGACGAGAUUCGAAGCCCAGAACCCGACUCGGAUGAUUCCAGACAGUUUUACCGGCGGGCAUCGCCUCCGGGUUCUUCCGCCGGAGUAGAUACUAGACGCCCCGCGCCCGAUCCCUCUAUGUCUAAGACGCCACUAGCCACGCGGCCCCAGUCGGCGCCGUCCUCUUCUUCCUCACCACAGAGAAGGCAAUCGCGCUCGCGGUCUCGGCGCUCGGGGUCUCGGCGCUCGGGAUCUCGGCGCUCGGGAUUUCGCUCGCCAUCUCGCUCGCCAUCUCGCUCGCGAUCUGGCUCGCGAUCUCGCUCCCCGCGUGGCAACCGCGCGCGGCGUGAGGCUUGAAGGCCGUACUAAGUGAAGGAAGCAUUACGAGGGCCCAGCAGCACGCGUUCGGUAAAGAUGCUCUGCCACCGAGAAGAUUUAUAUAAAGCCUCCGCCCUGCUUACUUUAGAAGGCGACGAAAGAGCCGCCCUCGUACAGCUUUGUGUGACAAAAAAGACGAGCCCUUUCUUUGAAACUGCGGAAGAAUCCGCCUCUUUUUGAGCAAGCACAGCAUAAGUUUGCAGCAAGCUGUAUAAUUUGAAUCCUCUAUAUAUACGUUUUUUUGAUUUUGUGUGGGCGGUCGCAUUAAUAUCCGAAGCGCCGGACUUCGUUUUGGUCAGGUAUGGAAGCUACAAAAAGAUGAAAGAAAGUCGCGGACGAAAGUUGUUUUUAGUGCGGACAAUUUACUACAUAUAGUGCUAGUGCAAUUACUAGCUCUACUUCAUUUUUUUCAGGAUUUCGGCCCAUGACUUGUUUGCUGUGCUUCUGAGCAUAAGCAAUUAGCUAUACUAAUAAACGGCGUCUACAACAACUUCUAGAAAGAGGAGCUACACCGCUAUCAUGAUCUAAAUAGCGUAUAAAUCCAGACUCGUGUAAAAUAAUGCUAUCACAGGCGUAGAACUUUCUUGUGUAGAAUGUUCAACAAAUGAUUUCCGCAAAGCAGCGUUUUUUCAAUUUUCGCAAAUGUUCGCAUUUGUAGACCAAUUUUCAUGUUGUUGAGGGGAAAAGAACUGCUGCUGUGAUUCUCGUCUAGUUGCACUGUGACGUGAGAAACUACAGAAAAUCUCAUGUACAACCAGCUUCGCCAUCACCUCACAAAGAACUCAGCAGAUGAUAUGUUCUGCACAAGAAACUGAAACUCAAGGUGGCAGCGCACCAAGAAGCUGAGGCCUGUAUGAUUACGAAGAAGAGGACAGUGUGCGAAAGGAAGUAGCAGCAACAGGAAU